AUGUCGUUCUCAAGAACCAAUAAUGCCACCAAAGUCGCAAUCGACACCAACAAGAUCUUUGCCUCGGGCACCUUCAAGAAUGUAUGGCAAGGAGAUUACACCGAUGGUGCUCGGAAGGGGGAGCUAUGCGUUGCCAAGGAGUUCAAGUCCGGAUCCGUAUUCCAAUCACAUUAUUUCGAAGAGGAACUCGAGAUCAUCCGACACUCGCAAGCGAUCAUUGACGCUUUUGCUGCCGCAGGAGUGAUCCGGGCCCGAAUUCUGCUGAAUAUCCCAGAGGUCUGGGUGUACGAUGAGACUGGAGAAAACAUCCUUGUUGAACCGAUGAUCGAGAACUUUGAGAAAUUCAACAGCAACACGGGAUGGGCACCACGGACUGGCGAUGCAUGGAGCGAGGCAAUGCAAGCACUCAGUCACUUCUCAUACCAUGAUUCUAACCAAAAAUUCCUGCUGUGCGAUCUUCAAGGCGGCUCCUAUCGCGACGGAUAUAUCCUCACUGACCCAGCAAUCAUGUCACGGACCAAGACCUGCGGCCCGGCAGACUUGGGUCCUGAUGGAAUCAAUUCGUUCUUCCACCGACAUCGAUGUGGUCGAUUCUGCAAUAGAAAGUGGUUGAAGCCGGCUAUGGUAAAGCAGGCGAGGUAUGCUGCUCGGCGGGGUACCACCAUGGCUUUGCUUCCAACGCGUCAAAGCCGCAUGCCUUUGACUUCAGUGCGAGAGUAGAGACGUGGUGGUGAACAAAUUCGGUGCUAGAUUGGGCGGAAUGCUAGGAUGAGGUGAAUAUCUUGGUGACUUGAGUACUGGAAAGAGAGGAAACAAAAUACCGGAAGCUGAGGCGGUUAUGCUAUAAAAUCGCCUGGAGCGAUGCAUGUCUUUUGGGAGUUCUUUUGCUGGGCAAUGUAACUCUAGAUUUCACUAAGCGAGUUGUACCCCUUUUCAGCUUCC